AAUUUAUUCAGUAAUUGAUCAUCGGCUAACGAAUAAGCAUCUUAAAAAGCGCUCUGGACGAAAAUGGUUUUUUGAAGAGUAGUCUAUAGAAAAACAAAAAUUUAAAAAUCAGUUUGUCAAAGAGUUACAAUUUGUGCGCUUAAUUCAAAAUAUUUGACUAUAAAUUUCGUGUGAAAAAUUUCUGAUAUAAAAUUUCGUAGUGACAUGAUUCAUUAAUAUCAAUCGAAGGACAAGGAAUAGCUUUCGUGGUUCUCUAAUUUAAAAAUUAAUCAAAAUUACUACCGGAAGUCAGUUGUAAAGAGAGUUGUAUAAGAGAAAAAUGGUCGAAACUGAAAUCGUUGUAUCUCAGGCCGACAGCAAUUAUGUAAAAAACAGUUUAAUUGUGGUGUCUAAUCGAUUGCCGUUUGUAUUGAAAAGGGAUUCUGAAACUGGCAAAUUAACUCGCAUAGCAAGUGCUGGUGGUCUCGUCACCGCCGUUUGUCCCGUGGUAAUAAAAGGCAAUGGACUGUGGGUUGGAUGGCCAGGAAUUCAUUCAAACGAGCCGUUAUAUGACAUACCAGAAUCUGAUCCUAAUGACUUAACUCCAACGGCUGGCCUGAAGUCUUCGCAGGUCGUAUGCGUCGACGCUAAACCAGACAUUUUCGAUUCAUAUUACAAUGGCUGUUGUAAUGGUACAUUCUGGCCACUAUUCCAUUCGAUGCCGGGUAGAGCUUCGUUUAAAGAGGGACACUGGCGCAACUAUGUCAAAGUGAAUCAAUAUUUUGCCGAAAAAACACUAGAAGCUCUCGAACGGUGCCAUCAACGCAAAAACAAUUCGUCCGUUCCAAUAGUGUGGAUACACGAUUACCAUUUAAUGUUGGCUGCGAAUUGGAUACGAGAGAAGGCAGAACAAAAAGAGCUUCCAUGCCAGCUGGCAUUCUUCUUGCACAUUCCAUUUCCGCCAUGGGAUAUUUUCCGAUUGUUCCCGUGGGCCGAUGAAUUGUUACAGGGUAUGCUUGGAUGCGAUAUGGUUGGAUUUCACAUUCGGGAUUACUGCUUGAAUUUCGUUGAUUGUUGUCAACGUAAUCUGGGCUGUCGUGUUGAUAGGAAGAAUUUACUCGUUGAACAUGGUGGCCGUUCCGUAAGAAUAAGACCGUUGCCUAUUGGUAUUCCGUUCGAUCGAUUUGUCGAGCUGGCACAGGGUGCAAAGAAAAUUUUCGAAACAAAACAAAAGAUUAUCCUUGGAGUUGAUCGGUUAGACUACACCAAAGGCUUGGUACAUCGGCUGAAAGCGUUUGAAAUGUUAUUGGAACGACAUCCUGAACAUAUCGGCAAGGUCAGCUUAUUGCAGAUUUCAGUUCCAUCCCGUACAGACGUUAAAGAAUACCAAGACUUAAAAGAAGAAAUGGAUCAGCUGGUAGGACGAAUUAAUGGCCGUUUUACGACUGCUAAUUGGUCACCGAUUCGAUACAUUUAUGGAUGCGUUGGUCAAGACGAAUUAGCUGCAUAUUAUCGUGAAGCAGACGUAGCACUCGUGACACCGUUACGGGACGGAAUGAAUUUAGUUGCUAAAGAAUUCGUAGCUUGCCAAAUAAACUCCCCACCAGGCGUGCUGAUCGUAUCACCAUUUGCGGGAGCCGGUGAAAUGAUGCACGAGGCGUUGCUGAGUAAUCCUUAUGAAAUCGGUGGUGCUGCAGACGUUAUUCACAGAGCUCUGACAAUGCCAGAAGACGAAAGAGUUUUGCGAAUGAGUAGAUUGAGACGACGCGAAAUGGAAUGUGAUGUCAACUACUGGAUGCGAUCAUUUUUGAAAGCAAUGGGCUCAAUAGAGGAAGAUGAAAUUGGCACAACCGUAAUGCAACCAGUAAGCGUAAACGAUUUCGACUAUCUGGAAAGUUACAUUGGUUCCAAUUUCAAAUUGGCUUUGCUACUUGACUACGAUGGUACUCUUGCACCGAUUGCUCCACAUCCAGACCUUGCGGUACUGCCACCCGAAACGAAAGGAGUCAUUCAAAGACUCUCCAAUCAUUCCGACGUUUUUGUUGCCGUUAUAUCGGGAAGGAAUGUGGAAAAUGUUAAACGAAUGGUCGGCAUCGAAGGUAUUACUUACGCUGGUAAUCACGGUCUAGAGAUUUUACAUGCUGAUGGAAGUAAAUUCGUACAUCCCAUGCCCAUUCAAUUCGAAGGCAAAGUCAGUCAUUUGUUGAAGGCAUUGCAAGAAUCGGUAAGUGAGUCUUCAGUGAUCUUUAGGAUAAAUUUGAUUGCAUUUUUUUCCCCAAAACAGCUUUGUAGAGAUGGUGCCUGGGUGGAAAAUAAAGGACCAUUAUUGACAUUCCAUUAUCGUGAGACUCCAGUGAACCUUAGAGAACCCAUGAUAGCCAAGGCUAAAAAGCUCAUCGAAUCAUUUGGGUUCAACGCACAUGAGGCACAUUGCGCCAUCGAAGCCAAGCCCCCAGUUCAAUGGAACAAAGGACGAGCAUCAAUUUAUAUACUAAGAACGGCAUUCGGUGUCGAUUGGAGCGAACGCAUAAAAAUAAUUUACGCUGGUGAUGACGAUACCGACGAGGAUGCAAUGGUGGCACUGAAAGGUAUGGCUGCUACUUUCCGUGUGACCUCGUCACAAAUCACAAAAACAUCGGCCGAACAUCGUCUACCAUCGCCAGAUUCGAUAUUGACUCUGCUGCAAUGGGUGGAACGUCAUUUUAUGCGGCGAAAACCGCGAGCUAAUUCCCUGACUUACCGAAAUAAGAAUAGAGAUCUACUGACCAUGAUGCAAAUGUCGAUCGAUUUGACACCGAAUACAUUGAGCAGUGGAUCGGACGAUGAGGUGCUUUAGAUGUAUGUGUGCAUAUUGAUGGAUGAUGGGUUGGGUAUUUUGUUAAAGUUUUUCGGUGGAACGGUAGAUGAGGUGAUAUACUAAGUAAUUUAUGCAAUUUAUAUCAUUUGUAGCGAAAUUUUAAAUAAAUUUAUAAACGUUGUCGAA